UGGAUUUGACAUUUUAUGUUAAAAAAGUAGUUUCACAAGAAACCAAUCACCGUUUACAAUUACAAAGAUUUCCUUAAAACUACGAAGCGAACGUUUUUAUUUUGAUCUUCGUUAGAUAAAUGCAAAAGAGUAAAUAAUGAAUAAUGCACCACAGUUUUCAUUGCGAUGGAAUAAUUAUGUUAGCCACGUUACAGAAGCUUUUAAUACUUUACGGUUUGAAAAUGAUUUAGUUGAUGUGACCUUAUGUUGUGAUGGUGGUAAAAUUAAGGCUCAUAAAAUGCUCUUAUCAGCAUGUAGUAACUAUUUCAAACAAAUAUUUAAGGAGAAUCCAUGUCAACAUCCUGUUAUUAUAUUCAGAAAUUUUAAGUACGAAGACCUUAACGCAAUCAUAAAUUUCAUGUAUCAUGGUGAAGUUAAUAUAUUUCAAGAACAACUGGAAUCAUUUCUCAUUACAGCGGAACUUCUAGAAGUUAAGGGUUUAACUGAUAACUUGGAAGAUGAGGGUUAUAAGAAUCAGUUAAAGAUUUCUGACAGUUCUUCAUUGGAUUUGACAAAAUCUAGACCAGAGACAGUGAUUGCGACAUCUGUUGAUGAACCUAUAAAUUUAGCAACUUUACAUACUAGCAGAGAUGAAAAUGUUCAAAACAACACAUUGCCAAUACCCAGCGAUAGGGAUGAUGAUGGACUUGAUUUACAAUUGGAUUCAAAUAAAGAUAUAGGGAACCCAAAAGUAAAACCAUCUGUCCCACCUGGAGAUGAAAUGCAAAUGGAAAUUCAAUCUACAUCAGCUGAAGAUUUAUCAGAGAAAAAUAAUUCUGAAUCAGAUUUAGCCAAGUUUCGCUGUCAAUUAUGUCCAAAAGGCUUUAAGCACCCCACUUCCUUGACGUUGCAUAAAGAUUCACAUGCUGGUAAAACUCAAUGUCCUGUUUGUCGACGCUCUUUUUCAAGAUCUUAUGAUAUGAGGAGCCAUCUCCAGAGGAUCCAUCAAGGAAAACAACUGACAAUAAAAGCAAUUGCUGCAAAACAGUUUCCUAACAAUAUUUAGUAUAAGGCAAAAAUUGUUUAUAUUGCACGUAGUGCAUCGGCCUAUUAAAUAAGCACACAAUAAUAAAAAUACAGAAUAUUGUAUAUUGACUUUUUAUAUGUCACAAAUAAAUUUGCUCAGCGUUGUAGCUUUGGCUAUUUUUGUACUAGUCUAUACUGUUUCAAUAUAAUUGUUUAAAAUAUA